AUGGAGCACAAACAGUGACCAUUUAAGUCUCAGUUCAUCAUUGCAGUGGUUUACAGUAGGUACAAUGAUGUAGCACUUAUUAUAAAGCCUGCAGAAUGUCUGUUUUCUCUGUGUUGUUAUCAGUCAUGACAUCUUUGUGUUUAUUGUCACUCAUAUGAGACUUUUUUAAGGACAUGCUCCGAUACUUUGGUGACUAAGAAAGUAUUUUUUAAACCUCCUGCUUUGGGCUGGAUGUGUCAAUGUGUAGUUCAUAUACUGAACAAAAAUAUAAACGCAACAUGCAACAGUUUCAAAGAUUUUACUGAGUUGCAGUUCAUAUAAGGAACUCAGUAAUUUGAAAUAGGUUCAUUAGGCCCUAAUCUAUGGAUUUCACAUGACUUGGCAGGGGUGCAGCCAUGGGUGGGCCUUGAAGGGUAUAGGCCCACCCACUGGGGAGCCAGGCCCAGCCAAUCAGAAUUAGUUUCCCCCCCCCCCACAAAAUGGGGGGGGGGGAAACUAAGCCAGAACUUCUGGCUUAAUAAAAAGUAUGCAAAAGUACCGUAGAAUCUCUUUAACACAGUAUAAUAUAGACUUAUGACCACUGCUUCUCUCAAAGUUGGCGUAGUCACUAGUCAAGGUGCUCUGAGCGCUCAGUCCUCUUCCUACCUCUCUCUGGUGAAGCAGGCUGAAUGGGUGGAAGGCUAAAAGGUGGAAAAGGCGAGGUUCGCUGGGAACACGAGCACCCAGUUUUUCUAGUAAAGUAUAUGAACAGAACCUUGUUUUGCUCUGCGGUUGAGCCUGCCCUGGGCUGUUAUUGUAGUGUGAAUGAAACACGUGUGAGGGCAUAGCUGCUCUCUUCUGGCUAACCCACAGUAACACUGUUUGAGACGUGUUAAAAUGCCUCUCUGAGGUAGGAUGGUUGGGACUGGGAAGGUGUACUAAAACAUUAGAGCUGGUAUAUACAAUGCCAACUUAAAGAGGUGGUCUCCAACAACAUAUUCACACAUAUCCACAGACAUUCUUUAGAGCUGUUUUGGGUUGUAUUCAUGAAUGUAUAGGAGAUACUGCUCCUACUGACAGCGAAGUAUAAGUAUUCUUAAGAGUGCUCUAUAACAUCGUAAACACAUAUACUCACAAAAUAUUGAGGCACACAAACAUGUAGCCACGAGGGUUCUGUUGGGUUGGUCUGCCAUAACGAGUGUAAGAUAUAUGGCCUUGGAUAUUGAAACGACAUGCCACACACUCGUUCCAGAACUGCUGUCGAGACUGACACACACACACACACUAACUCGCAUGCACACACACGCACCUGUCACAAAGAAACACACACACACACACACACACACACACACACACACACACACACACACACACACACACUGAGCACAAAAAGCUCUUUCUUGAGAGAGUAUUAAGUGUACCAGUGUUGUUCCAGUCUCAGGCAGGUACAUUGAGUCGAGGCCAGAACAGAACAGAAGGGUAGCUUUCACCAGACACUGUCACCGUUUCUGUGGCUACGUUACUAUGGCGAUGUUGCCAGGGCAUUUUGAUUUUUCAAGCAUGUCUGGAAAGAGGGAGUUGAAGAGUGGAGCAUUUAACUUCAAUUUACCUCAGUUAUGUAUGCACUUAAGUUUUACUACAAGGUAGGUGCAGCCAUUUGAAUGAUACAGUAUCCAUAUACCGGUGUUUGCUCUGUCCUGGGUCUAUGCCUGUCCUGGGACUAAACCUGCUCUGUCCCCUCUCUGUGAUAUAACUGUUUGGUCUGUCCUGGGUCUAUGCCUAGUCUGUCCUGGGACUAAACCUGCUCUGUCCCCUCUCUGUGAUAUAACUGUUUGGUCUGUCCUGGGUCUAAGCUUACGCCAUCCCCUCUUUGUGAUAUAACUGUGUUUAGUGUGUCCUGGUCCUGGGUCUAAUAAGCCUGCUCUGUCCCCUCUCUGUGUCUCUGUAGCCAACGUGUUGGACACAAUGUUACUGAGGAACCCUGGGAGAGACAGAUCAGACAGUAGGAGGGAGGAGGGUGGGAAUACAGCCCCGGCUCCAGCACAGAGGAUACUCUGGUGUCACUGUUACCAUCACUGUCCUGAAGACUCUACCAACAAUACCUGCAGGUAUGAUACACACACACAUGCACGCACACGCACACACACACACGCACAUACAAAUUCCACAAAAUUAGAACUGUGUUGAUAUGGUUGGUGUGUUUUUCUUAGAAUCCACUGUAUCUAAUAUCUAAUGUGUAAUUAGCUUGCAGUCAUUAGUACACAGCAGAGGCAUUUACUCAUAUCUGUUACUAUCCUGUAGAACUCUAAUUCAUUGAAUGAAAAAUACACUGGUGUGUGUGUCACAGCCACUGUGGAAGAUAUUAAUUCAGACAGCAAUGAGAUAUUAUUUAAAUACAAGCAUAAUUAGGGACAGAUGUAUGCCCACUGUCUCCAUCCACGUCUAGUAGCGUUUAUUACAUUUGAUUCUGAUUGCCGAUAUAACCUUCUCAGCACCAUGAAUUUUGUCAUUAUUAAACAAGCUGAGAGUGAAAUCCUCUCAUAUUAUGUUGAAAGAUUGACAAUGGAACAGUCCCAGAUGAUGAUGAUAUUGAUAUUGAUGAUGAUAAUGGUAUCUCUUCAGGACUGAUGGUUAUUGCUUCACCAUGGUGGAGGAUGAAGAGGGAAGUCUCCCUGUGCUCACCUCUGGAUGUCUGGGGCUGGUGGGCUCAGAGUUCCAGUGCAGGGUAAGUCUGCUAUGUGUGUGGUGUGUAUGUGAACGCCAUCAAGUGCAGGCGCACUGUAGAACCACAGUUGAACCAGCUUUAUAAGCUCUUGUAAGUCCUUAUAAACCCUCUAUGACUCACUACAGCUCUCAAAGGAAUCUCUUCAAAUCAGACCUUAACAAACCUACUACCUCUACAAUGAAAGCAAUGUGUUAGACCAGCCUUGUCUCACCAUCAAUAAGCAACAUUGUAAAUAGCCUAUACAGAUGUAGUAUCUUAAUUUGAGCCAGUUUGCUACAGCAGGAAAAUAAUCCUGCAGCAAUAGGAAAUGUGAAUUAUUAUGUGGAUUAUAAUUAAUGGACAUUUUUUUUUAGGGAUUGAUACAUUUUUUGUUAGGGCAAAUCAAGUCUGACAUUUUAAAACGGAAAUUACAAAUUGUAGAAUCCUUUUUAAACCUCGAAUUGCAUUCCCAGCAACAAAAUAGUGAACAAAUUAAGAUCCUACAUCUGUAGUCCUUCAAACUGUUGUCUAGCCAUUAGAGUUGUGUAGAUGUAACAGUGUGUUUAUGGUGGGUCACAACAGGACACAGGGAAUGCCCGUCAGAGGAGGGCUCUAGAGUGCUGUACAGACCAGGACUUCUGCAAUAAAGACCUGUAUCCUACUUUACCACCACUGAGGACCCCUGGUAAGACACACACACUCAGUCACACACAGUGAAUUCCACCCAGUCAACACAGUGAAUGAAACUCUUGGCUUUCAUAGUGGGAUCCUUCAACCUGCACUGGGGUGUGAUGGGUAGUGACAGUUUAAACUGUUACAAACCACAGUGUAUAGUGCUGGCUGGAGUGGCACUUGCUGCUCAGGGGGAAGACAGGGGAAGGCUGGGGGGAGACAGUGGGAGGCAGGUGAAAUGGAGCUGGCAGGCUUGGCUUGUUCUCUCACCCUCUAAUGAAAAGGACAGCCUCUCCCCAGGGCCUGCUUGAGUUUCCUGCCCCGCUACGGAUCUGAGAUAUCUGUCCAUCUGUCACUCCUCUAGCUAGACACCAACACUGUGUGUGUGUGUGUUUCUGUGCGUGCGUACGUGUGUGUGUGCGUGGUGCGUUACGUCUAUCAUGGAAAUUAGUCAAAGACAAAUUGAUUUGUCAAACGAGGCAAAUUGUAAAAUGAGAUCAUUUCCAUGUGUGUGUCUAUCUUCAAGUGUAUGUGUAUGCACGCGUGCAUGUGUGUGUGUGUGUGUGUAAAUGAUUGACAGGAGGCUGGCAGAAAGGCUAGAGCCCCAGAGCAGCGUUGGGCCUCAGGGGUUGCCGUGGCGAUGUCAGUGUGACACCCAAUCUGGGGGUUUUUUCUCGGGAAGGGGAUUUGAUCGAUCACACACUGGGAGGGGGAGAGAGGAACAAGAGAAGCGGGGAAGUGGGGGGAGGAGAGUGGAAAAUAAGAGUUUGUCCCCAUCUCUGAGAUUUGGCAGGGUUUGGAAUUAAACUGUUAUAAACAGAUGAAUGGAGAACUGGUGCUGUUGAGUUGACCCCAGUGUUAGGUUUGGCUCUGUGGAUGUGUGAACUGACUGACUCUCACUCUCUCUCUCUCUCUCUCUCUCUCUCUCUCUCUCUUCCUCUUCUCUCUCUUCUCCUCUCUCUCUCUCUAUCUCUCUCUCUCUCUCUCUCUCCUGUAGAUUACGUGGACAGCAGUAUCCACCACAUGGCUCUCUUCAUCUCUGUCACAGUGUGCAGCAUCAUCCUGGCACUCAUCAUCGUCUUCUGUUACUUCAGGUGAGAAAACACACAUGGACUUGGACUCUGACACACAUUGAGGAGAUUGGUAACAUAGACCAAUGUAAUGCUUUUGGAAGAAUUGUAGGAUUGCAUUACUAAGGGGUUUACCCAUGUGUCUCUUCCAGGUAUAAGCGUCAGGAGUCCCGGCCUCACUACAGUAUUGGUCUGGAGCAGGAUGAGACUUACAUUCCCCCUGGAGAGUCUCUGAAGGACCUGAUAGAACAAUCCCAGAGCUCUGGCUCAGGAUCAGGACUCCCCCUGCUGGUGAGACCUCAACACUGCACAUCACACACGUCAGCAACCAAUGGCAAAAUCAGUCCAGCAAUACAGUGUUAUAGAAAGAUCUUACUCUCGUGAUUAUGCUGUACAAUGAAAUAGGAUGUUAUGAUGUUGACGAUUACAAUGUUCAUUUUAGUUAUUGAUGACGAUGAUUAUGUUAUUGAUGCUGAUGACGGUGUGUGUUUUUUUUCCCUGUGCUCAGGUGCAGCGCACCAUAGCCAAGCAGAUUCAGAUGGUGAAGCAGAUAGGUAAGGGCCGCUAUGGGGAGGUGUGGAUGGGUCGCUGGAGAGGAGAGAGAGUGGCUGUCAAAGUGUUCUUCACCACCGAGGAGGCCAGCUGGUUCAGAGAGACCGAGAUCUACCAAACUGUCCUCAUGAGACACGAGAACAUACUGGGUAAGGACAGCGAGGUGUGUGUGUGUGCGUGCAUCUGUGUGUGUGUGUGCAUCCUUGCGUGCAUCUCUAUAUGUGUGUGUCUUUUGGCUCGAUUCAAUCCGUAGCCAGAAGAUCUGCAUUGUAGUGCGAGUGACAUUUAAAGUGCAUUGUAGUGCGAGUGACAUUUAAAAGUAAUGUUACCACGUUCACUGAGACUCCAUUCACAGUAAACGCUGCAUUUGUCUGCUCAACCGGAAAUUACCUAAAUGUCAACCGCGUUACGACGCAGAUAUUCCACGCUACGGAUUGAAUCGAGCCCUUUGCAUCUCCUCAAAGAUCUCCCCCCGUCUCCUCCCUACCCAGGCUUCAUAGCAGCUGACAUAAAGGGAACAGGGUCGUGGACCCAGCUCUACCUGAUCACAGACUACCAUGAGAGUGGAUCUCUGUAUGACUACCUCAAGUCCACCACGCUAGACAUCAAAGCCAUGCUUCGGCUGGCUUACUCAUCAGUGUCAGGCCUCUGCCACCUCCACACAGAGAUCUUUGGCACCCAGGGCAAGCCAGCCAUCGCCCACAGAGACCUGAAGAGCAAGAACAUCCUGGUAAAGAAGAAUGGGGCCUGCUGCAUCGCAGACCUGGGUCUUGCCGUCAAAUUCAUCAGGUAGGACAGGAAAGGGACAUCUGACAUACAUCAGGUCCUGAAUGUAGAGAUAAUGAAACAUCUUUAUAAAGCAGAUUUGUUCUACGCUGUUAUGUUUCUAUACUUUUCACCAGAAAUACAUGUCUAUACAAAGACUGUGUUGUUUUAAAGGAGCAAUGUUGAUGAAAAGAUGUGGUAUUUCUCUCCCACCUCCUCCCUCUACUCCUCCCUCUCUCAGUGACACCAAUGAGGUGGACAUCCCUCCCAACACUAGGGUAGGCACAAAGCGCUACAUGCCCCCGGAGGUCCUGGAUGAGAGUCUGAACAGGAAACACUUCCAGUCCUACAUCAUGGCCGACAUGUACAGCUUCGGCCUCAUCCUCUGGGAGAUCGCCCGGCGCUGCGUAUCUGGAGGUCAGGCAUGGCCCACAAUGCUCUGCUUCACAAUGUCUGAUAUAACUUUUAUAUGUAAAGUAAACUGAUGUGACCUUUGACCAUAUGCAUGCAGACAUUUGCCAAAAUGCUUGUCCAAUUUAAAAAAAAAUAGUAUUCAAACCUUUAUUUUUUAACACUGUUCAGUAGGGGUAUAACGGUUCACCAAACCCACGGUUUGGUACAUAUUGUGAUUUUUGGGUCACGGUUCAUUUCGGUACAGCGGGAAAAUGAAAUGACGUACUACAUUUUUGUUCAUUUGGCAAAAGAUGCUAAAUUAACCCAGGAAUAGAUCAUGAGCCAUAUAAUGCCUGAUGAGAGCACAGUCAGGAAUACCAACUUUGUAAACACUCUCAUAAAGGCGGCGUGUCUGUAGCACGGUACUUCUCAUCUCCCACUCAGCAGGACGCAAUGUUUUGGAACGUUCAGAUAGAAAUAGGCAGUGUAGAACAAACAUGCCUUUCUGACAUGUAGAAUAAGGAAUCACAUCGGCUCUAUUCAUGGCAUUUCUAUCUGCAACGUUCGACAACCUUUGGCAACUGAAUGUGGCCCUGGAGGUCAAUCCAUCUGUAGUAAGCGCAACACAGGGUGCAUUGGCCAGUUCAUUGACAACUUGGGCUUGCUUAUAUAGAGUGGGUAUUGGUCUUCACGGGUCCAAAAGGUUGGACCCCUUCCGAAAUGGACAUGGGGCUUUCCCAUCCCGGGUCUCUAUAUAGGCUAUAGAGACCCGUUACGAACAGACCCGAGGACAACUAGACCCGUUCCGUAUAGACCUUGUUGGAUGCAGACCCGGUCCGAUCCGAGUGAGGGAAGCUUGUUAAGCUACUUUAUUAACCGAAGCUGAUAAAGCGUAAGGUAGAGAGAGGUGGCGCUCUAGCAGGCUGAGGGGCCAUGUGGUGUGUGUACUGUGAGCGAGUGACACAGGGAGCAAGGAGCAAGGAGGAUGGAGGGAGAGACUGAGAGAGAAGGCAACCAACCAAGCCGACUCGCUCUAGUAAACUUCUAGGUUAUUUAUCAUCCAACGUAGUAUACAGAGUUUCUAAACCCAGAGGUGCAACAUCGCGAGACUUCUGGAAAUGCUUGCGAAACAGACCAAGCAGACCAGACCAGGCCGGGGUUUGGGGUUUGAUAAGUCAAUGAGAAAAAUUAAAGAUUCUUCCUUAGAUGUUCAUUUUCGCUCAAUCUUAAGUCACAACCUAGAUUCGAGUCAAUGUCUUAAGUAGUUGAACAUGUUAGACCCGAUGUGUUUCUGCGAAUGAGCUUAGCUAGCCAACAUCGCCAUGAGAUCGCCUACAAGUGUGAUCGGGAAUUUCUAUUGGAGAAGCAGUUUCUGCCUAUCUUCAUACUGUCUUUGGUAGUACCUGUCUUGACUGCAUGAAACUGAGAGAAGUUAGUUAGCUAAGCUAGCUAGCUAGGUAGGCUAAUUGAGGCUGCAUGCGCGUUCCCCCAGUCCGAUAGUUACAAAUAACAACAACUCCAUUCAGAAUAUUAAGUAGCAGCCUACCUGUGUUGGUCGUAGCAUAUCCUUCUCAUUUAACUUUUAAUUCCGUCAUUUUAAUUCCAUCUUCCAUUGAUUAGAUAUCUCCUAACUUGCGUGCUAAAAGAACGGCUAAAAGUAUCAUUUGAAAUGCGGCAAUUAAGAUUAGAAUUUUGAUUACAACAUGCGCAUAGGCUCUAGAUGUUUUAACGGAAUAGCCUGAAAUUGUUUUUUAUUUUUUACUCAAGGCAUACAUAGCCUAUAGACCUUUUUUUUUUAUGUAUUCAUUCGGGUUCACAGUUUGGACCGUACCGAACGGUUCGGUACGAAUAUGUGUACCGUUACACCCCUACUGUUCAGUUAUCUUACCCCCUUCCAGUCUGUGUAUCAUCUUACUACUCUCUCAGGUGUGAUGACACAGUACAUUAUGUGGAGAUCUAAUGUCUCUCUCUCCAUGUGCCUCGUGUCCUGUAGGCAUCGUAGAGGAGUACCAGCUGCCUUACCAUGACCUGGUGUCCUCUGACCCCUCCUAUGAAGACAUGAGGGAGGUUGUGUGCAUCAAGAGACAGAGACCCUCCUUCGCCAACCGCUGGAGCAGUGAUGAGGUAAGGAAAAAUCUUUGUGAUUCUGUUACUACAAUAUAUGUUCUAUGCUUGACUUCAGUAUACUCAUACAUAGGCUACUGUGUUUGAUGAGUGUAUGUUGAUUUCUGACCUCGGUAUGUGUGUUUAGUGUCUCAGACAGAUGGGGAAGCUGAUGACGGAGUGCUGGGCCCACAACCCUGCAUCUCGCCUCACUGCUCUGAGAGUGAAGAAGACCCUGGCCAAGAUGUCUGAGUCUCAGGACAUCAAACUGUGACACGCUGCUGCUCCUCCUGCUGCCACCUAGAGACACUCAUCCCCUAGAGACAUGUCCUUGGCCUAGCGCCUCUCUGCCAGGCCCACGGGAGGAGGGCAAGGCAAGAGAUAGCGAUAGAAGGAGAGAGAGAGUGAGAGUUUUCCCAGGUUCAAGGUCUGCUCUCUCCUUGCCCUUGCCACUGCUAAGACAGAGAGUCCCAGUGGGCAGUUUCUGUUCUGGGCCAGUCUGGUCUGGCAUUGCUUUCUGUGAAAGCGGAGUGGCUGUUUGAGUGAGGGGAAAACACAAGGACAAACAGUACCCUCUGCAGGAGAGGAGGAGCCACUCUAUCCCUCACGGCCAAGAGAGGGCGAGAGAGAAGGGGAGUUCCUGCUCUGUCCAUCUAAAGCCAUAUAACAGUAUUGUUUGUUUUCGCUGUAACAUUUUAUUAGAACGAGCCACAGUAACCCCUUCAAAACCCGUCAUAACAAUGGCAUGUUUACGACUGUUAUGUAGGGUUAUGGUGGCUAGUUCAAAUAAAGACUUUGUUUUUUCCCAUUGUGCUGUAGCAACUGGCCCUAUUUGUUUGUCUUCAAGCCCAAGCUUUUGCAACUGUAAAGAAAGUUCUGCAUACUGUUGGAAGUGAAGUCGAUCACUCAGUAAUUCUUGCAGCAUCACUGCCCUAGAAACCCAGGUAUUUGGUUCUAUUCAUACAGGAAAACACAUUGCUUCAAUAUUGACUUGGGGCCAUUUGGCUAUACAAAGGAGUCAUUCUUAAUGUCUCUGUAUCAAGGACUAACGAUAGGAGAAAAGGAUCAUCAUUAUAUUAUUAUUCUGAUGAAGCUGAUGGUUAAUUAAAAAGCAUGGGAGUGAUGUUACUGGGCAAUUCCAUGGUAACAGAGUGAUGCUGAGAAUCAGAUGUAUUCUUUUAAAAUGUAUGUCAAACAAAAA